AUGAGGCGAAGCGUUCCCGCUAGCAUCCGCAGGUACCCCAGCUGCACGCGUCGAUCCGUGUUAAAAUGGGAUGAAAAGUACGACUUCGCCCCCGAUGAAACCUCCCUGUGCGUGGAAAGGGCGUUGCAAGCCUCCGACGACGUUGGGAUGGGGGUCUCCAACGAAAGCACCUGCGUCCAUUCCCGCGUGCAGCACGGCCGUUCAUUCCCCUCCCCGAAGCUGGAGACCUCAUCCGAUAAAAGACGUCUGGAGAGGUAG